AUGUUCAACAAGCAGCCAACACAAAACGCAUCAAACAAAAUGUUUAAAUUACAGAUUUGCGUUGUUUUUGCCGCCGUCUUUGCGGUAGCGCUUGCCUACGAGGACUACAAUUCGCAUCCGAGCUACAAGUUCGAGUAUGGAGUGAAGGACCCCCACACCGGUGACCACAAGAGCCAGUGGGAACACCGGGAUGGAGACGUCGUCAAGGGAGCCUACACCCUCCACGAAGCUGAUGGAACCGAGCGAGUGGUCGAGUAUUCCUCGGACAAACACAACGGAUUCCAGGUUCAUGUGAAGCGAGUCGGACAUGCCCACCAUCCGGAAGUGUACGGACAUCAACAGGGAUUCGCUGGUUCGCAUGGACACGGUUAUGGUUACAGCUACAGCAAGUUGUCGAAGUAUAAUUAG